AACCUGAACCUGAACCAGAGCCAGAACUGUGCCACAAUGUGUGGUGCUUGGUGGCUGGCUUAUAAAGUGGCCAGUUGAUUUGGCUCUUUUGGCCAUUUGAUUAAGCGAGAUACUUGCGAAUGGCGGCCCUCAGAAGUUGUUGGACCUUGGCGCUGCUACGGCUGCUAAGCGCACUGGAUGGGACCUGGAGCUGGACUCCCACACGAAUGCCGUAUUCGUUGGCCAGCAGCUAUUUGAAUGCGGCACAGCGACCACUGUGGAUACUCGAGGAUGAGCUGAUGAAGCGCCAGGCGGCAGAUAGGCAAGAAGCAAAUGAUAACGCAAUCGGCAUGCGACGUGGACUCAAUCGACGGCGCCAGGAACGAGAGCAGGUCUAUGUUCCCACAGCGAUAACGAUACGCUUGCGCUCGGAUUCGAGCGACGAGCUGGUGCCGAAGCCGAUGCCGCCUCAGGCGAGACCCAUUAUCCUACCGCACCGGCUGCAACUGCCCAGCCAUUAUAUGCAGCAGCUUGGCGAGGCGCCACUCUUCAAGGGGAAGGUGAAGGCGCCACACUCAAGGGGCAAGGCGAAGAAGAAGGAGAAGGCGCAGCGACGUCGCCAGCCGCAAUCGUUGCCCAUUUUUGAUAGUGCGCCCGGUGACAAUGCUCUGCCCACAUCCAGUUAUCCGAUCUUUGUCUACAAUGGGAGCAGGGGUGAACUGUUGCUGAAUACGAUGCUGAGUGCUCGACGCUAUCCAAUGCAGGAGCCAGUGCCCGGCCAGGUGCUCUAUCCACCGUCGACACCCAUGUUUCGGCCGAAGCCGAUAGUCGAGCGUCUCCGUCUGCCCGGAAAGCGGGAGCUGCUUAAUCUGACGCUGAUACCCUUCUAUGCACACGAGGCCAUAACCCCAACAACAAUAGAAGCGACGACAGGAGAGCCAAGCGAAGAUCCAGAUCUUGUUGUUGCUGCAACUGAAAGUGAGCCAAUAACCACACCGAUGCCGCCCACACCCAAUGAGACACAACUGGCAAGCGGCAAGCGCAAAAGGAAGUCAAAGAAGGCGAAGCAAUAUAGUGCAUAUCACUCGCCACAGGAGGUCGUGCAGUGGCAGCCCGAGUUGCGCACAUCCCCAGCACUGGAGGCGCCCGACAAUCAUCGUCAGCAUGAGGUUGCCACAACCAGCGAGGGCAGCGCACAGCAACAGGAGGAGCAGCUGCAGCUGGAACUGCAAACGGGCCUCGAAGAGCCCAGCCAGGAGCUGCAACAGUCGCCCAAUCUGAUCGAGGAAACCACCAGCAGCAGCAGCAGCAGCAGCAGCAGCAGGGACAGCUCCACUACCAGUUACAGCUCCACCUCCGGUUCUAGCACCAGCUCUAGCUCCAGCUCCAGCUCUUCCUUUCAGAUUAUCUAUGUGGAUGAGAGUUUGGAGUCACCUUCAGAUUCGCUGGCAAGCACCACAGCAGCACCACCGCCACCACCACCACUACAACAGCAACAGCGCCAUAGUUCCCGCUUUGCUCUCAAGCGAGAGUAUUUUGCCUUUCCCGUUUACACUCUAGGUAAACUGCUGCAGCAUCCCCAUCGCAAGGCAACAACAACGCCAACAAUGCACGGAGGCGAAGUCCGUGAUCUGGAGCUCGACUGCUCGGAGAGCUCUAAGGAGCAUAGCGAUCAUAACACCUGGUUUAUCUUGAAUUCGCGCUACAAAGGACCCCAUCACAGUGGCCAGAGCAAGGGUUCAACUAACUAUUAUACAUCCAAGUAUAUACAGAGUCCAUCCUCAGUAACAAGAACGUAGUACAACAUGAAUUUAGUCAACC